ACAUCGAUUCAAGUUCCAGAACAAGUACAAAACCAAGAAUAUAAUUUAAAAUGUCGAUUAGCUAUUACUUUUGAUGAUAUUAGUGAAUUUGUUUAUAAUUCACUAAUAUCUUUGGAAGGGACAAACGAACAAUAUGAAAGUGAUUGUUUGGAAUUUUAUAUUAAUUUCGAUGUUCAACUAUCUCAAGACGACAAUGAAUUGAUAUCAGAUAAUAUAAAUAAGUAUUAUAAAAAAUUGGGUUAUAAAAUAGUAUCAAAUAUAGAAAAAG